ACCGUUAAAGGAGUAGUCGGGUGUGGUAUCGUCACGAGCCGAUCUUUGUUUGGCGGCACGGAAAAUUGAAAAUUGAGGGAAAGAGGAGGAAAAAAAAGAAAGAAAACAUCGUUGAGAAAAUCGAAUAAUGAAAAGCGAAGAAGCUUAUUGAGCUCAGAUCAGAUCAGUGGUUAUUUAUAUUUUAUAUUUCGGUUGGAAUAUUAAGAAUCCGAAUUUGGUUCCCCUAAAUUGGGAAGAGAGAGUGGAAACAAAAGGGAAGGGUUGGAUUCUGGGUUUUUGUUAAUUAGGUUUUGGAAAUUUAGACUGCCGAAAAGUGGAUUAUGAUAUACACGGCAGUCGACACGUUCUACCUGACGGAUGAGCAGCUCGCGAAUUCGCCGUCCAGGAAAGACGGCAUAGAUGAAGCCACAGAAACCAAUCUGAGAAUCUAUGGUUGCCAUCUCAUCCAAGAAAGCGGCAUCUUGCUCAAAUUAGACCAAGCUGUUAUGGCGACCGGUCAGGUUCUGUUCCACCGUUUCUAUUGCAAGAAGUCGUUUGCCCGCUUUAAUGUCAAGAAAGUUGCUGUUAGUUGCGUGUGGCUUGCCUCAAAACUGGAGGAAUGCCCUAGGAAAGCUAGACAGGUGAUAAUUGUUUUCCACAGAAUGGAAUGCAGGAGGGACAACUUGCCCAUUGACUAUUUGGACCCCUAUUCAAAGAAAUAUUCAGACUUAAAGAUGGAGUUGAGUAGAACAGAAAGACAUAUAUUGAAAGAGAUGGGUUUUAUUUGUCAUGUGGAACAUCCCCAUAAAUUCAUAUCAAAUUACCUUGCCACUCUUGAAAUCCCUCCAGAGUUGAGGCAACUCAGGCAAGAAGCAUGGAAUCUAGCAAAUGAUAGUUUGCGUACAACGUUGUGUGUUCGAUUCAGGAGUGAGGUUGUGGCUUGUGGGGUUGUAUAUGCUGCUGCUCGCAGGUUUCAGGUACCUCUUCCUGAAAACCCACCAUGGUGGAAAGCAUUUAAUGCAGAUAAAUCAGGCAUUGAUGAAGUUUGUCGGGUUUUGGCUCACCUGUACAGCCUUCCUGAGGCACAAUAUAUACCAGUUUGCAAGGAUGGGGAUUCAUUUACAUUUUCUAACAAGUCAUGGGAUUCACGGUCGCAGCCAGUCCAGGAAGUGUCACAGUGUAGCCCACAAGCUAAUGAUGAUGCCUCUGUUUCCAAGGCACCUCCUGUUGCAGUUAAUCUUGAAUCUGAUGGAUCCAAGGGUUCAUUUAUCAAGGUAUCUAUAAACAAGCUGAAGGAGUCUAAGAAAAGUGACGAUGAAUCUAAGAGUAUUCCUGUUGAGGGAGACUUAAAAGAAGAGCCCGUGCAGAAAUCCAAGUCUGAUCAUAGAUCAGAAAUCGGUGGGGAAAGGAACAAGGAAAGGGAAAGCGAAAGGGAAAGAGAGCGGGAGGGAAAUAGUAUAAAGGCUCGGGAUUGUGAUAGGGGCAGGGGUUCUGAUCGGGAAAGAAAACGAAAGCAAUCUGAGAUGGACAGAGAUAAAAUAAAGGAGCAAGGGCAUCGUUCUAGGGAUAGAAAAAAGGAUUUAGGAAAUUCAGAGAAAUCAAGACAUCAUUCAUCACGAGAUCGUGACUACCGUAGCUAUUCUUCAUGGGAGAAGGAUCGCCAUAGACAUCAUUCAUACGCUUGAACCGCUCUUGCUUUACUUACAAAGUUGAUUAGAAGUACUUCAGUUCUAUGGUACAUUCUUGACAUAUAUAUUUGUCCCCACAACCCAAAAAAAAAAGUGCCAGAAACUUGGAAAAGAUAUUUCUGUUUGGUUGGCAAUGCACAGUAUUCCUUGAAAUGUAGGAGUGACAAGAUUGUGAUAAUUGAAAAAUACUGCCCCGAUACUUACGUUGCUUUAGAAAAAAGGCUGCAAAUACUAAUUGGAUAUGACAUUAUAUACAAAGAUGGGGAAAAAUACAAAAAUAGAAGGCAAAUAAAUUUCUGUCGGUUUGUCCUUUUACCUUUGAACUUUGUUAUUUAAUCAUACAGGCAUACAAUUGUUUUUGUUUUUAUCA